AUGUCCAUCAUCUCAAAGCUCAAGGGAGCCAAAAAGGCCGCGGACGACCACAAAGCAAAGACAGAACAGGAACCAAAGCCUGCUACUGCCACUGUACCUUACAAACAUGUUCCUACUCAUGCCGCUACCGAUGCUAUGACCAGCUCACCUGGAGGUUGGAAAGCCGAAGAGAUUGCAUACCAGAACAAAGCUCGUCUCAGCAGAAUUGGUAGCGACUAUUCUACACGCCCAUCUACUUCUUACGCCUCCACAUCGCGAUCCAAUAGCAGACCAGGAUUCAACAGAGCCAACAGCGAUUCUUCCUUGGACUUCACAUCACCCUCUCCAGGUUUCUCAAUGCCUGGCAGAUCAACAGCCUCUUCCAUGAGAUCGGCUGCGAUUUCACGCAACACCAGCUACCAAGGUCUUGAGAAAGUCAUGGAGUCCGAUCGUGAUCAGGAGCCAGUAUUUGCAGCCGCACUGUUGGCCAACAGAUCCAAAGCAUCACGCUCUCCUCGUGGUUCCACCCGAAGCUCGCUAGGCAAGAGCCCCUUGUCUAGUGUGGUCAAAUUGAACUCAGAUCAUCGGCGGUUGCCUAUGCACCCGCUCUCGAGAUUCAUCCUGGAGACAGAGUCAACCAAAUGCCCGUGGGGAAGCCUGAGCGCAAGUACUUUGGACACAACAAACCACCCAUGUCCGAAACCAAGGAAGCACCUGCGCCAGCACCUGUUGUGGUCAAGAAGGAGAGGUUCUCCUUCAUGA